UCUUCUUCUUCUCCCGACAGCCCCCCCAAGCCCCUCUAGCCACCGACUCAUUUCUUUGAGAAAAUUGGUGGCAAAGCUUGAAUUUUCUCCUUCUUUCUUGUUCAAUCACAAGAUUUGGAGCUUAGAAUUCUCUCUCUCAACCUAGAAAUUUCCGGAUCUGCUCUGCUCUUCCUCCCCUGUCCACCAGUGCUGCUAGGCACGAAAUUCUUGGCUUUUUCGGCCCAUGAGCCCCCUGCAGAAUUGCCGCCGGCUUCUUCCCUCCGCCAGGUCCGGUUCUGCAGCUGGAUGGAAAUUUUGGGUAAGUUGACAGCUCCUCCAAGUCCAAAUUAUCCGUGUAGUUGCUGCCUUGUGUUGAUUGGAUUUUUUGCUUUUGAAUUGCCCUUUUUGUUAUCCGAAAUGGAAGAAAUUUAGGUGAAAUUGUGCUGGAAGGUGGAAUGAAUUUUGGUAGCUUUAAGUGGGUUUUUGUUUAAUUUAAGUGGAGGUUAGCUUGAGUUGGUUGCUGUGAUAUUAAUUGUGGAAGAAUCCUAUGACAUUCCGUGACUUGUUGUUUUGGCCAAAGCUCGGUUUCUCCAUGGCUGUCCGUGGAAUUGGAAACCAUUUAUAUGUGUUCUUGAAUAUUCUAUCACCCUAGCACUUGGAGUGAGUCUUCGGUUUUGUGCGAGUAAGGAAGCGAAAUAGAGGACAGGGAAAACAAGGGGGGUGACGAGGUAGAAGGCUAGCCAUUCUAAUUGGAUAUGAAAUUUUAGAUUUUAUCAUUCUUUUGUAAGGUAGAUUUUAUUCUUGAGAUGUUGUGAUUUGAAUAAAUUCCAAGCCUUGUGCACUUGUGGGACCCAUUUCACGAGUGCACGGCGUCUGCUAUAUCCCUGGAUUUGGGUUCUGGGGUGUGACAAUUAUAAAAUCAAAAUAAUCUCAAACUUUUGAUCAUUUGAAAAAAUUUUAAAACUCUAAUUUACAAUAUAUGAGAGCACUAUUU